AUCAGCAUCCCUAAAAAAAAAAAUAAUAAAAAAAAAAUAAUAAAAAACAUCACUCCAUGUCGACCAUUCCGCAACUCGGCGCGACGAGCGAGCAACCAACUAAAAGCCGCAACAGCCCCGCCGCCUCUCUUGGGGCUGCUUGCGUGCGUCUCAUCUGCGCUACUUGAGGAGCUAAAGACGCCCGAACCAGCGCGGACUCUUGUUUUCAGGGGUGGAUUUGCCCCCAACACAACGGAGCCAUGGACGAUGUUAAAAAGCCAAGAGUUGUUACUCCUCUUCUUCUUCUUCACGUCGCCAUUCUCUUAAUCUGCAGUCACUGCCACGGUCUUCUGGACAGUUUUCCGGGGGACGUGUCAGAUCAGCUGCUUCCUCGUCACUCUGACUCACAAGAAGACAGUCAAUUUUUCUCCUGUGAUUUCGAGUCGCCGUGUCUCUGGACUUUAUCAAAUCACAGUCAGCAAAGUGACUGGUUGGCAGUGUCUGCACGGGAAACGCAGCGAGCAGGUUGGAUGCCUGAGGCGGACCACUCGGAGGGGAGCUCUGAUGGACACUUUCUUCUUCUAAGCCCCUCCCCUGGUGCCGAGGCUUCUAGGCGAUGCGAGUAUCAGUUAACGAGCCCGAUCAUGCCCAGAUGUGACCACCAGUGUGUUUUGCAUCUGGCCCUGUAUGAGACAUCACCAUCAGCAGGGGAUCUCACAGUCCUGAUCAAGCCACUUUACUCCAGUUCCUUUGUUGACGCCGUUGUGUUCAAGACUGAGAGAAGAGAGGACCCCAGGGCGGAGUGGGAAGCUGUGGAGACUGGAAUAGGCCCAGUGGAUGAGGCCUUCCAGGUGACUUUGAUCUACACCGGAUGUGUGCAGGACGGAUCCACUGUGGGUCUCGACUCACUGCGCUUCAUAAAUUGUGAACCGGACGGAGAGGAUGAGGUCAUCCCACCGGACGUGGACUGCGGCGAUAAUUUCUACUGUGAACACUCUGAAUAUUGCAUCGACCAAAAACAUGUGUGCGAUUUCCACACAGACUGCCCUUUAGGAGAGGAUGAGGGUUUCAUUUGCGGUUCAAUGCCAUUUGGCUCACAUUGCUCAUUUGAGCAGGAUGCUUGCGGUUGGUCCAUUUCUAAGCAGCAAUCAGCUUGGAAGAGGGUGGCCGGCGAUGAGCUGCUGCAGAGAGAAGACAUGCAGGGCCUCACACUGAGCAGUACGCCUGGAUAUUUUUUGUUUCUGGAGAUCAGAGAGACACAUACCCUGCAACAGGCAUUUGUUCAGAGCCAAUUUUUCCUUCCUCCUGUCUCAAAUAAUACUUGCCAGAUGCGUUUUUCUUUUUACCUGUUUGGCUCCUUCAAUGGCUCCUUGUCGGUGGUAAUAGAAGAGAACGGGACCUCCACAGCACCACUGAUCUGGGAGGGAGAUGGUCAGUGGAAGGAUGACUGGGAAGAUGUUGUCCUGCAGCUGACAGACCUUCAUCAUGGGUUUCGCAUUAAGGUGACAGCUGUUUGGCUCCAGGGCUCCCAUGCUGAUGUAGCCCUGGAUGACAUUGCAAUCGGUGCAACCUGCUUCGACACAGAUCUCAGCUCACUCAUGCCGAUGGCUGACCUGAGGGAUUUCUUUAGCCCCCUCGCUGAGCCUUCAUUUUCAGAAAUGUCUCUGAUGAUGUGGUUUUUCAACUCGUGCGGCGCCAGCGGUCCUUACGGGCCGACCCAGGCCCAGUGUGACAGCACCUACAGGAACAAAAAUGUCAGCGUGACUGUGGGGAAGGAAGGACCUUUGAAGGGGGUGCAAAUGUGGAGGGUCCCUGCCACCAACAGAUACCUGAUUUCGGCUUAUGGAGCCGCAGGAGGGAAAGGGGCCAAAAACCACAACAAACGCAACCACGGCAUCUUCAUAUCGGCUGUGUUUCCUCUGGAGAAAGGGGAAUUACUUUACAUCUUAGUGGGGCAUCAAGGAGAGGAUGCAUGCCCGGGGAGAAAUUUACAAACCCAGAAGAUCUGCCUGGGGGAGUCAUCUGUGAUCGACACCAGAGGAGAGGCUGACACAGAGUGGUCCGGAGGGGGAGGCGGAGGGGGAGGAGCUACCUUCGUCUUUAAGAUGCAGGGCGACGAGCUGGUUCCCUUGCUGAUUGCGGCCGGCGGAGGAGGAAAUGCCUACAUGGAAGACUCAGAGUCCAGUUUGGAUCAGAUACCACUGGAACAGUUUGAGAACAGCACCACAGCGCCCAGCACCAACGGUCAAACUGGCGCUGCAGGUGGAGGUGGAGGCUGGAAAGAUGCUCCUACGUCUCACCUGGUGGCCGGCAAGUCCCUGGCAGAAGGUGCCGACGGGGGUGCAGCGUGCCUUUUGUCAAAGUCCAAACUGGGCUGGUCCACCAACGGGGGGUUCGGAGGCGGAGGUGGCGCCUGCACGGCUGGAGGAGGCGGAGCUGGCUACAGAGGCGGUGAUGCUGCACUGACGGAUGACAUGAAAGCCGAUGGUCGUGAUGGGAUCUCCUUCAUCAAUCCAAACGGCGAGAUUUACCUGCAGCCUCUGGCAGCCAUGGAGAGUCAUGGCGAGUGUGAAAUCAAAGUGCAGCUGAACUGCAGCUACUGUCAGUCCCAGAGCUGCAAGCAGGAUGAAGACACACAUCUCAUCCUCUGCCUGUGCCACGAUGACGAGAUUCUGGCCAGCGACAACGUCACGUGCGUUGAUACAGUAGCUCCUCCAGUCCCGCCUCCUCCGGGCCAGAUGUCGACCACGCUGGUCCUGGCCGUGGUCAUCUCCACCGUCGUCAGCGGCGUGGUGUUGAUCUGCGCCGGAGUCAUCCUCAUGUGGCAUCGCUGGAAAAACGAUCUGCAAGCCGUGAGGGGCCGCCUGCAGAGCCCCGAGUACAAGCUGAGUAAGAUCCGCUCCUCCACCAUCAUGACGGACUACAACCCCAACUACUGCUUUGCCGGGAAGGCCUCGACGCUCAGUGAGCUGAAGGAAGUGCCGCGCAAAAACAUCACACUGUUCAGAGCUCUCGGCCACGGCGCCUUCGGUGAGGUGUACGAGGGUCAGAUCCUCGGGAUGAACGCCGAUAAUGGCCCCAUGCAAGUGGCUAUAAAGACUCUUCCGGAAAUCUGCUCUGAGCAGGAUGAAAUGGAUUUCCUCAUGGAGGCGCUGAUUAUGAGCAAGUUCAACCAUGAGAACAUUGUACGGUGCAUCGGCGUCAGUCUCAACAUCCUGCCACGCUUCAUCUUGCUGGAACUCAUGACCGGAGGAGACAUGAAGAGCUUCCUGAGGCAGAACAGGCCUCAACGCGGCCAAGCUCCUUCUCUCAGCAUGCACGAGCUGCUGCAGAUGGCCAGAGACAUUGCACGUGGUUGCCGCUACUUAGAGGAGAAUCACUUCAUACACAGAGAUAUUGCUGCUAGAAAUUGCCUUCUUACAUGCCCUGGACCGGAAAGGGUGGCCAAGAUCGGAGACUUUGGCAUGGCCAGAGAUAUUUACAGAGCCAGCUACUACAGAAAAGGUGGUCGUGCCAUGCUGCCAGUCAAGUGGAUGCCACCUGAGGCUUUCAUGGAGGGAAUCUUCACCUGCAAGACGGAUACAUGGUCCUUUGGAGUACUGCUAUGGGAGAUCCUCUCUUUGGGCUACAUGCCAUACCCAUGCAAGACCAACCAGGAGGUGCUGGAGUUCGUCACCAGUGGAGGCAGGAUGGACCCCCCAGAGGGUUGCCCCGGCCCAGUCUAUCGAAUCAUGACCCAGUGUUGGCAGCAUUGUCCUGAAUACCGACCCAACUUCUCCACAAUACUUGAAAGAAUCAACUACUGCACUCAGGAUCCGGACGUGAUCAACACACCUCUCCCAGUCGAAUAUCGGCCCACCACGGACGACGACAGUGCCGCAGUGAUCUGCCCGUCUGACCACAGACCCACCAGCUUCGCUCCUCUCCCCGUCUCCUUGGACUCCUCCACCCCCUUGAUCCUGGCGCCCCCGGCGCUUCUUCCGCAGCCCGCUAAACCUCAUCUUCUCCUUCAAAAAGGCCCACCUGUCCAGCACGAGGCAACGUCAUGCCGCGAGGUGCUCCCCGAGCCCGCCUGGCCCGAGGCGGUCCCUGCUGCCGCCGUGUGCACAGGGGGCCUCUGGGUGCACCCUGAGCCUCCUUUGCAUCAACCUUGCUCCAGAAACAACUCUUGCUCGGGAAGCCAACAGCUGACGAACAAAACCAAGAAUUUGUGGAACCCGACGUAUGGCUCCUGGGUCUUGGAAAGCUUCAAGGGCAAGAAGACCCUGGCUCACACUCAGUCCGUGCCCCUCUCGAGUUCUCCUUCCCCUUCGUGCAACGUGGCCGCCUCAGAAUGCAACCGGGCAGGUUGUGAAAACUCCAACUGCUCCCACCUCAAACCCCCCAGCCUCGGUACUUCUGCGUCGCCUCCCUGCCAGGCUCAAGCCGCACUGAGCGUGCCCCACAAUAAGGGCCAAAGCGGUGGUGCCCCCUCGAAGGGGGGCAUUGACCUGGCAAAGCUGCAGAGUUUUCCCUGUGGAAACGUCAAUUACGCCUACGAUGAGCAAAGCUACGAGGGAGAGAGCUUGCCCUUGGUGGUCCAAACCAAAGGCCCUGAAGCCAUCAAAAACACCAGCUCUGCUCCCAGGAUGUCCUCGGGGACUGGCCUGGGGCUGGCGCUGGGCCUCUACACGUCCUCUUCAUCCUCUUCCUGCAUGCCCAAGCUGCUGCUCAAGCGCCACGCUAGCUACGGGCACGAGGACGUGAGGAGAUGCACCAAAGCUGAGAAGCCCACACGAGACCGAGACUCCGGCUUCUCUUUGUCCGAGGAUCUGAGCGUCACCCCAACCUGAGGACUGAACCUCUGUUAGCUUUUAAGUUUAGAGAGUCAACACAGCAAGUUUUCCUGAUGUGAAAAAAAGGAGACCAUGAUAAAUCAUUACAAAACUUUUUGGGUUUUUAAAUAGUGUGACCCAUUCCUUGUAUAGCAUCAGUUGUGUAUAGUGAACCUCUGCAUACUUCGUUUAUUCACCUAUUUGCAGAUAUUUUUCUUCUGUUAUUUGCUCAAAAACUUACAUCUUCACUGUUUUUGUGUACAGUUAUUGCUUUGGCCUGAGCACAAAAAGAGCGAAAAGAGGAAUCAUCUGGUGGCAAGUAAGUAUGUAGAAGUGAGUUGAGGAGUUCUAUUUACACCUAAGUAGUCAUUUGUCACCAUCUUGUGGCAUCUAUAGGCAAGUACAACAAUUUUAAGGGCAGGGAAUCAAUUACAGAUUUUUACUUGUGGCAGGGCUGUACACCUGAAAAUGAGAUGAGAUAAUUAUGAAAUUCAGUGUUCAAAUCUCGUCACUGGCCAGUUUGCAAGUUCUCCAACUGAAUUUGAGUGACUCUGAUCCAGAGUUGCCAUUGUAAAUCCAUGAUUACCUGUACAGACAAUGUUUUAAGGUGCAUUUUAACAUUCUUAACUGUCAAAUAAGUGUUAGGAAGCGCUGUGACAUCAGAUGCUUAAAAUGUAAUUCUCAGAUUUCGGUGUCCAAGGGCCGUACUAAAUUAAAGAAAACAAUUUGACAGAACGGUGGCCUUGUGGUGGGCGUGUCUGCCUCACAGUUCUGAGGUAAAACCCUGAACAGUAUAAACCAGUGGUCACGGGCCAUUUAGUACCAGGCCGCACAGCUUUUAAUUUAAAAUUAUUAUUAUUAUUUUAUUUGCAUUUUUUAUUGUGGGAGAGUCCGCGGUGGAAAAAGGUUGGGGACCACUGGUAUAGGAUGUCUAGAAAAUAGAUGGAUGGAUGCAUUGUGCAGUUAACAUAAUAAUUGAAAACAUUUUGAAAUUGUAGAAAUUAUUUAUCGUGGUAUAAUAAUAAUUAUUUUUUUUUUUUACAUCAUAGAAACCUGCUCUGUUGACAGCGAAGUGCUGACUUUCUAUAUCCACUGUGCCAGCUCGGUAGUGAAUGAUUUGAACUCAUGUAAUGGUUCUGAUGAUUAAAAUGCUGGAAGGACGCCCUCAUACACUCCUCUGCACUGUGAUUCAGAGAGCUGGACUCUUUCCUGCUGGAACCUUUUUUUAUUUCUUCCUCUUAUAAUUUUAUUUUUAUUUAUUUUUUUAACCUCUUCUGUUUGGCUGCUUGGUUAUGCAGUGUUGGGGAUCUGUAUGCCAUUUGUUUUAAAUCGCAGGACAGUUUUGCUGUGCAACAGGGCAAUUUGAUAUUCUUGUUUGUUUUAAGAUGGUUUAUUGAAAAUACAGUUGGACAGAAUGAUGCAUGAGAGAGACAGACAGAAAAAAGAACGGAGCAAAAGCAACAGCGAACAAUAACUGUGUAUGACAACAACAAGGUUACAUUGGAGUUGACUUCAUCAUGUUCUUCUCAUUCCAAUGAGAUAGUCUCCAAAAUCCUGAAAUAUUUUCCACUUAUUUUUGUUUGUUUUUUUUUCUGUCUCCUGGAAGCCUUGGCACUUGCAUUUGUGACCAAUCAUUUGGAUGUUGGAGCGCUCAACGUCCAGUUUGCUUUGGUGGAAUUUUUAAUCCACGAAAAGUGACACAUUCAAGAUUCAAGGCUGACUUUUUGGGUCUCGUUCUGUGGAAAUAAUGUGAAAAACACCCUACUUAAGAACUACUGAAAUGUAUUUUUCUAUUUAUACAAAGCUGGUUUUCAAAGAAGAAAGCAUGAGCAUUCAGCCACAUUUCCUGGCAUUGUUGUCAUGGCAAUGACUUUACUACGAUGACGUAGCAGUUUGUACAGCAUAUAUAGCCCUUUCCUUGCUGGAUUUUAGAGGGGCGGGCCACACACUCCCCGCUCCGCUCAUUAAUCUGACCCACUGAGCGUUUAUAUCAGCAAUCCUGAAAUACAAUGGUACCUUGAUUUACAAGAUAGUGCUGGCGUAUCUGAAGCACCCUCGCACCUCAAAUUUUGACUCAUAACAAAACGCGAAACUCGGUAACUCAGAAAACUCGAACGUUGUUACAUUUGUAGGUCAAAGUACCACUGUAUUUGUUGCAUUAAUUGCAGGUUUAUCUAAAAUUGCUAGUUCAAAUGUAUUCAUUUUAUAUUCAUUUAUCUCAUUAAAUAAUUGGUUAAUGGAUUUACUGUAAAUAAUCAACAUUUUUAAGAAUUAGUUGAUUAUGAAUAACUUGAAUGAAUACUAAAUGUAAAAAUGAGAAUACAUUUGUUUUAUUAAAAUAAAUGAUUUUACAUAGGGCGGCACGGUGGACGACUGGUUAGAGCGUCAGUUCUGAGGACCCGGGUUCAAUCCCUAGCCCCGCCUGUGUGGAGUUUGCAUGUUCUCCCCGUGCCUGCGUGGGUUUUCUCCGGGCACUCCGGUUUCCUCCCACAUCCCAAAAACAUGCAUUAAUUGAAGACUCUAAAUUGCCCGUAGGUGUGACUUUGAGUGUGAAUGGGUUGUUUGUUUGUUUGUGCCCUGCGAUUGGCUGGUAACCAGUUCAGGGUGUACCCCGCCUCCUGCCCGAUGAUAGCUGGGAUAGGCUCCAGCACGCCCGCGACCCUAGUGAGGAGAAGUGGCUCAGAAAAUGGAUGGAUGGAUGGAUGGAUUUUACAUAGACAUUUUAACAUGUUUUCAUUUUAUCAAAAGUGUUAAAAUUAAAAAAAUUGAAAAAAAUAUUUUGUUAAAAUAAGCUAUUUUACAUGUUUUACAUUCACAUCACAACAAUGCCCGCGACUCUAGUGAGGAGAAGCGGCUCAGAAAAUAGAUGGAUUGAUCACAAGAAUGACCUGGCCCAUCUGUAUGUUUUAAAAAUCAAAUGUGGCCCUUUAGCACAAGUUUGCCCACCCCUGCUCUAACUUCAAUGUCUUGUUUUUUUUUUAUUUCUUCUUGAAAUUAACUUUAUACUUAUUGACUAAAACAAAAAUGUUUAUUUGUGAGCUUUAGAAGGGAUAUGUGCAAGUCAACCUGGCUUACUUGGCAAAGCCAGAUGAGCUUCUUUUUAAGUCCUUGAGCUAAGCUAAACUAAGCUAAGUUAAUAACUACACAGAACUCAAGCUAAUCUUUCUAAAUAUGCCUCUCUAGCAAGACAAUAAAUGUUUAAUGAAAAAUGACAGCACACUUGAAGGAAAGAGACGUUUUGUGCUAUUUAAAAAAAAAUAAAAAAUUUAAAUCUUUGGUGGAGCAUGCAGCUGAUAAGUUGUUUUAGCUUUAGCAUUAUGGACUUAAAAAUAUGGCUGAUGACAGCUGUGAAAUAUUCACUAUUUUUGUACUCACCUCUAUACACUGGACUAACAUUUGUAUUAUUAUUUUUUACUUGUCAUACAUGUAUAUGAUAUCGCCUUGUAUUUGUAGUCAAUCACUGCCAUUGGAUAUUAUGACACGAGUUGUUGUAAUAGCUAUGUUUACUCAGCAGGGGGAGGUAUUCAGUUGUGGCAUACCAAACGAGCUGCCUCAUUCGUGUGUGUGCUUUAUUUCACACACAAAAAUAUAUAUACUGUUUAUGUAUAUGUUGAGUAGUAGUUAUUUUUGUGGAUUGUUCGUCGGGAAUCGAUAAUCAUCUGCAUCUGUAAAUUUUUUUGUAUCUUUACAAUAUGGGUUGCAUAAGGGUUGUACUUUUGUUAAGUUGUAUAUUAAGUUGAUCAACCUUAAGCGGGGUACACACAUACCGAUUUUUUUAAACGUGAGACCCCACAUCACUAGGAAAGAAAAUUGGCAUGUUACUGCUCUUUUAGUGUGUGGUGUACUAACUCAAGAUGACUAACAGCACGUCACACACACAACCAUAUACUGUAUCCACCGAUAAUCGAAAGGCUAACUCCAUUUUUGUCUUCUUGCAGGAGAGAGAGAGAUCAAGUUUUAUGCCUGCAAUAAAUGCAAGCUGCAGUUAUUACUUAUUAUGAAAAUGUUACAGAAACUUUGGGUUUCCUCAGAUUUUUGUUUAUCCAAAUGCCUGUCAAAUCCAUAAACAUUUCAUGAAAGGUAAUAAAUAACUAUCAGGUAUACUAAUAUGUAGAUCCACUCAAGCUAAAGUACUACUUUAUCCAUGUCUGAACCUCCUGGGAUGUUUUUGCACGAGGUGAAGCCUGGUUUCAGGAGUGCUAUCUUGGAAUUGGGAGUUGGCCCACUUCUUGCACUGAUUGUAAAUCCAUGUCAGUAAAAGUGACAGUAAAAGUGCUGAGUCAAAUUAUGAUUGAUUUAUACCUGUGUUCAUUUUAAAGAUAUAGUAUAAACUAGGCUGGGCUAAAUGGAGUUCGCCAACUUUAGUCUCAGUGACUUAAUUAGUACUCGAAGGAAACUGGAAGAAACUAGCCUAACAAUUAUCUUACUUAGUAACUGCAUCGAGGUUAUAAACUGUUCUUGUCAUUUUCAUUGGAAAUGGCUUGUGAGACAUGUUAUACAAACACUUCACACAACGAGUUGUUCAAUUAGCGAGCCUCCUAAUUGGCUAUUGUUCCCUUUCACGUCACAAUCACAAAGUCCGUGACUCGGUAAAACUCGGAAUUGACCACACGCACACAGGGAUUUGGAAUUGUAAAUAUUAAACGGAUUUAACAUUUAUGAUUGUCAGCCUAACCGUUUUCCAAGCAGAUUCACGAGGAAAACUCAUUUUAUCACCUCAUGUAAUAUGACAAUUAAAAAAAGAAUAAUUUUUGUUGACUUUUAUUGAAAGGGAGGAAAAAGGCUCAACUUUGCCCCAGUUGUCAGUAUGUGUGUACCUCAAAAUUACCCCCUUUCCCCCCUUAACAUUGUCUAACACUGUUUAUACAUUUUAUUUCCAAUUGAGCUGUCAUAUUUGCUGAGUGUGAACUCUAUGCAAUGUACCUGUCUUUCACACAUCUAAUCAAAAUGUGCCCAAAUAAACUUAUAACAACCUUAUUAGUAUGUAUUUGUUGCGUGUAAUAACUCGUUUUUUACACCCAGAAGCUGAAAAUAAAGGCGA